GUUUUCGAUGUUCAUCAUACUAAUCGCUGUCACAGUACUGAGCUCACUAGUGAGCGGUGAUACUAACAUUGAAAUAAUUAGGCACUGGGCUGGUGGAUUUAAUGGAAAGUUUUGUGUUCCAAUCAGCAAGGAACUAAAAUCAUGGAAAGCUCACUUAAAAUUUGAUCAACCCAUAGAUAGUGUUGAGGUGUGGUUGGCAGAAUUGACGAAAGUUGGUGAUGGUAAAGAAUAUAUCCUGACUAAUAAAGCUUGGAAUGGAGAAGAACAUGUUGGUGACAAAUUGUGCCUUGAGUUCAUGGGGCAUAUCAAAGAAGAUAUUGUACCUUUGGGUAUUGUUUAUUUAGAAGAAUUAGAACCAUCUGGAUCAACAAAUGCACACACUGUACCCCCACUUACGACCACGCCAGUUCCACAUACAGGUGGUGGUUCACCAACUUUUCACUAUGCCGAGGCUUUGUCCAACUCAAUCUUGUUUUAUGAUGCCCAAAGAUCUGGGAAACUCCCCGCCAACAAUCCUAUUAAAUGGAGAGGCGAUUCUGCUUUAAAUGACGGAUCUGAUGUAGGUCUAGAUCUCAGUGGAGGGUGGUAUGAUGCUGGUGAUCACGUUAAAUUCGGAUUACCCUUGGCGUCAACAACAACAGUGCUUCUAUGGGGCUACCUUCAAUGGCCAGAUGCAUACAAGUCAGCAGGGUUAACAGAUAAAUUUUUCGACAUGAUUAAAUGGCCCCUUGAUUACUACUUAAAGAUUUGGAGACCUGCCCAAAAGGAGCUCUAUGUACAGAUCGGAGAUGGCCAAGAAGAUCACCAUUUCUGGGGAAGAGCAGAGGAUAUGACCAUGAAGAGACCCGCAUAUAAAGUUACAACCAGUAAACCGGGAAGUGACGUAGCUGGGGAAACAGCGGCAUCGUUAGCAGCGGGAUCUAUAGCUUUUAAAUCUAGGGACCCUGCUUACUCUCAGAAGUUGCUUAGCGCAGCAAAAAGUCUGUAUGCAUUUGGCAAGGCAUACCCAGGUAUAUACAGUGCCAGUGUAACGGCAGCAGCUGGUUUCUAUGUAUCCAGUGGAUAUAAGGAUGAAAUGUGUGUUGGUGCUGUGUGGUUGUAUAAAGCUACUCAAGACAAAGCGUAUUUAACAGAUGCUUGGGGUUAUAACACGAAUUCCGGAGCCCCAGGUUUCUCUUGGGAUUCAAAGACAAUAGAAUGUCAGAUAAUGUUAUAUGGCAUCAAACCCUCACCCGUUAUGCAAGACGUGGUUGAAGGAUAUUUUAGAGGUUGGUUACCAACAGGAUCUAUGACCUAUACACCUUGUGGUUUUGCCUGGAAAGAUCAAUGGGGAUCUACUAGAUACAAUGCAAACACAGUUUUGGCAGCGCUUGUGGCUGCUGAUAUGGGACUCCAGACGUUAACUUACAGAAAAUGGGGUAUUGGUCAGAUGGAUUACAUAUUAGGACAAAAUAGUAAAUGCUUUAGUUAUGCCAUUGGCUUUGGUAAAAAAUAUCCACUGAGUCCCCACCACCGAUCAGCAUCAUGUCCAGAUAUUCCCGAGCCAUGCAGCGCAGCAAAUCUGAAAGCUAAAGGACCCAGUCCACAUUUAUUAGUUGGAGCACUUGUUGGAGGACCUGACGCCACAGAUGCUUAUACUGACAACAGAGAAGAUUACGUCCAUAAUGAAGUGGCAUGUGAUUACAAUGCUGGAUUUCAAUCUGCUUUAGCUGGUAUUGUACAUCUGAUUAAUACUAAGAAUUAUCCAGUUCCAGAUCCAUCAAAAUGUCCAUGUAAAGGAUCCUAAUCAUGACGAAAAAUAUUAAAUUGGAAUAAAGAAUUUUUAUCG